AUGCCUAACACACGGAUUAAGUCGAGGUGUUUAGAAGAUCUUAACGAUUACGAAAGGCUUCAGGAUAGAUUGGAGUGGGAAGGUUACUCGGAGAUCAAAGUGAAAAGCGAUGGAAAUUGCCAGUUCCGUGCUUUAGCCGACCAGCUCUACAAAACCUCGGAUUGUCACAAACGUGUUAGACAAGAAAUCAUGAAGCAGCUUAAAUCUCGUCCAAAAUUUUACAAAGGAUUAGUUGGUAAAACCGAUUUCUCCGAGUAUGUAAAGAACAUGUCGAAUGAAUCUGUGUGGGGAGAUGAAGUCACGUUGAAAGCAGCUGCAGAUGUCUAUGGAGUCAAGAUAUUACUCAUUACAUCAAUGAAAGAUGUUCCUUGCAUUGAAGUUGUUCCUAGGUCUCAAAAACAACCCGAGAGAGUCAUUCACUUGAGCUAUCUGGCAGGGAUCCAUUUCAAUUCCAUUCACUUAAUUAACCAAUGUUCAUCAUCUUCAGAUACGGCCUCGAUGGGGACACAGAGUAAGAAGGAUAAGGAUAAGGAUAUGGAGAAGGAGAAGGAGAAGGAGAAGGAGGAGAAUAAGAAUAAGAAGGAAAAGAAAAAACAAAAAGGGAAUAAGAAGAACAAAAAUCGCCAAUUUGACUCUUCUGUUGUCAUGUGA